UUUCAAGGUACUAAGAGUACUAGAUCUUGCUUCACAGACGUUGCAUGCUUUUCCCAGUUGUGUAGUUGAACUAUUUCACUUGCGAUACUUAGCUUUGAGUGUUUACUCGUACACUAAUGAUCGAGGUAUUUACAUACCUCCAUCAGUAGCUAGCCUUCAGUAUUUGCAAACUUUAGUACUUACGUCUCCAUCAUCUAUCCCGUGGAAGUAUUCUCGACCUUUCAUAUUACCAUCAGAAAUUUUCAAGAUGUCGCAAUUGAGACACCUCUCUUUAGACUGGAAUUACUUGAAUCAACAUGAGUCUAGAGGGAAAAGUUGGAUUCUGAGAAGUUUGCAGUAUAUGUCUAUCUGGAAUCAACAUGAGUCUAGAGAAAGUUGGAUUCUUAGAAAUUUGCAGUGUCUGUCCGGGUGGAAUCCUUUGUCUUGUACUUUAUCAGUCUUUAGACGACUUCCCAAUGUAAAGAAGUUGCAGAUAUGUGGUGUCCAAGAAGACUACAUAAGAAGUAACAAGAACAAGGCUUUUCAUCAUCUUUGCUACUUGGAUCAGGUUAAGGAAUUGAAAUUUAAGAUUAGAAAGAUGGUUUCUAAUGGAAGGCCAUUGUAUCCUACAUCUUUUACCUGUACUCGUUUGCCUUGGGAUGAUUUGGGGAUUCUUGGUAAGUUGCCCAAACUCGAGGCCCUCAAACUUGGAUAUGAUGCCUGCAUUGGUACAGAUUGGAUAGUAGGCGACGACGGGUUUCCAAACUUGAAGUUGUUGCGACUGAAGCAUUUGUACUUACACCACUGGAGAGCUAAUAGUGAUCACUUUCCACGCCUUGAACGACUAGUGGUUAACUGUUGUUGGAGCAUGUAUUGGAUCCCCCUAGAUUUUGCAGAAAUAACCACACUUCAGCUAAUUGAUAUAAGCGACAGUGCAAAAACUGUUGGGAACUCUGCCAAGAAGAUUCAGCAGAAAAUUGAAGACACUUAUGGAAGUUCUGUUGUGGUCCGUAUCAGUUAG